GCCCAAUAAUGGCUGGCAAAACUCAAAAGCAGACCAGCUACUUUGGAAGAAACCCAAACUCGACAUAAAAUUGAAGAACAGUUGAAAUUGGAAAACAGGGAAAAAGAAAGCAGAACGCACAGGGGUUUCCAAAUUAAACCGUGAUUUCAGAAAACAGCGAAUGAUAAUAUUGAAGAACACCAGCGGCAGCUGUUGACUUCCGUAGAAUCUCAGAUACGGGGGUUGCACAGGGUUUCUGGUAUCGAAUUGGAGCUCCAGUUAGGGUUUACUCCCAUUUCUCGGAAGAGGUAAACCUCUGUUCUAUUAUUACUUCUGAACUUUUAUGUCUCGAAAUCAUUUCGAGAUUUAAGUUCAUCGAAUGAUUAUCUGAUGUUUUAGGCUUUGAUAGUAAUAUUGCACUCUCUUGAGGUGUCACUUGCUCCCUGCUGUUACGAUGAAAUGAAUGAAUUUUGUUUCUUUCGAGUUGUUUUCAUUUUCUUUUUUAAAUCACAAACUAAUAAGUUCGCUCUCUCCUUUUUUUUGGUAUUUUAAUUGGUGCAGUUAUUUUCAAGAUGGAGUCAUGGUUUAAAUAUUUACCCCAUUCGUCCACCCAGUUAUUAAUUAUGUAUCCUACUGUCCUCUUUCAAUGAUUUACUUUCUUAAAAAAUGAUUUUUCUUCUUCAUUUUCCUCAGGUUUGGGUCUAUCUGCCGAUUGGGUAAUUGUGAUAUGGCUUAUUUCGUACAAACCUAUUUUAAGUUUUUAAUCGCUCGAUUGUUUUUUUGUACCAGUAGUACUUUGUGCUGAACAAGAAGGUGACGUUGCUCUACAGAUUUUCCUUUUGCAAAUGAUUUUUUUUCCCUCUGCUGGAUAUGGAAAUAUGGAUCUCUUCAGAGUUCGUACUUUUUUAUUCUCUAAUGAAGUUAUGGUUGAAGAAAGGCUAUUAUUCAUUUUAGACCUCCCCAUUACUUUCUUAGCUAGUGAGAAGAAUGCAAUCACCAUGUGCGAGUCAACCAUAUGCAAGUAGAAGUUUUUAACAUUACUAUUAAUCUUUAUAUGGUUAAAUUUGUAAAACCUCUGCUGCUUAAUGCCCAUUCAAUGUAUAAUACUUUUGUUGAGGGGUGGGGAAGGUGUAAGAACAUAAGUACUUAUUUGUGUUGAAUCCUGCUCUUGACUAUACAGUAAGAGUUUCUCCAAAGGCUGUUCUCACGGAUACAUAUGAAGUAUGGAGACAACACUUGCAACUAUUAGACUUUGUACCAAAAUAUAAAUUCCAGGACAAGUUUAAAAAGCCUUAAUUUUGUACGGGGAACCACCAUCCUCUUCAAGAAUUGAAAUGUUGAUAUAUUAAAACAUGAUAUUGCAAUUCGCCACUAGAUUGAUAUGACUCAAUAACACCCAUAUUGGGUGUUGUGUUUUUAAUCGUUCGAUGUUAACAUCAUUAGUAAGUCAGACUCUGGACCAUUUGGUGCAUGCAUUUCCAACAAUUUAUGCCAUAUAUAUUUUACCAUUAGAAUGCAUACUUACACAGUUAUAGUGGUACUCUAAUGUCAAAUAAAUGUGUAAUGUACCUACUGUUUGGGGUUCAAAUUUAUUGGUGUAAUUGCUUGUGACAUAAAUGGAACUAGUAGUGAAUAACACGCACCUCUCUGUAUCCAACUAGCUUCAAGUUAUUUUUCCCUACUAAAUGAGGUUUUGAUUGAUUUAAAACUAAUACAAAAUGAGGAAGAAAUCACAUUUAUAUUUGAAAUCCUUUGGAAGCAUUUGGCUGCCUUAACCAUUAAAUAUAGAACAUAAAGGCCAUCACACUUUGAGUUGAUCAUUACUGACCUGCGUAAGUCGUACACGAACACUUGUGCACUAAGAACUACUCCGUAUUAAACAGCACUUCAACUUUCUGGUAGAAGUAAGAGUCAAGCUUUCUUUUUCUUCCUUUUUUUCCUGGGGUUGGGCAUCUUUUGUUAUUUUCAUUUGCAUACUCAAAAUUAUUCACUUUUGAUAGUUAUAUUUUGGCUUCAGUAUUGCAGUGCGUUAAUUCUUGGUUUUAUUCUGCAGGCUAAGCAUAUGAGGUCAUAAAUAUUCUAUAUUAUGAAGACACUUGAGGACUUAUUUGCGUUGGCCGAAAUUAAUAAUGGGCUUGAGACUCCUAUUCGGGUCAAGGAGCUCAUUGCUAUUAUACAAAAGGAAAAAGAUGGUGAUGCCAAUCGGAGUAUAGCUGAUGCCACUAAACAGUGGUCUGCUGUUGCAUGCACCAUAGCUGCAACUAAUAAUGAAGAUUGUCUUCAACUUUUUAUUCACUUAGAUGGUCUGAAUUUUAUUGACAGUUGGCUGAAGGACGCUCAGAAGUUUUCUAAUGACUCAAUUGAUGAUGAUGAUGAUGAUAAUAAUAAUAAUAUUAGUUUCACAAUAGAAGAGUCGAUCACUGAUUCACUUCGGGCAGUAGAGAAGUUGGUGCAUGUGUGCAACGGGGAAUCAGCUUCUUCUGGAAUCAGAAUAUCUGUUGAGAAGCUCCUUGGUCACAAGAGUUCAAAGGUGCAAGAGAUGGCAAAAGCUCUCAUUGAUAAAUGGAAGCAAGGUACAGUUUCUGUUUCCAUGGAUGUUGAACUUGUAAAUCUAGAAGAAAAGGGUUUGUCAGAAUCUUCAUGUGGGGUUGUUCGCCAUUCAGACGAAGGGUGCAAUGAACAUGAUAGAGACAAUCUUCUUCCUUCUUUGAGAUCCGAAGAAGCAUCUGAUAAAUCUUUAGAGUAUAAAAUAAUGCAAAAUGGGCCAUCCACUUAUGUGAACUCUCCUUCACCGACAAUGCAAAAUGGCGAUCUUCGUAAUGAGGAAGAAAGCACUAAGUUGAUGCAUCCAGAACAUGGCCCUCUGAAUGAACAGGGUAAAAACAAUUCUAAUGAUUGUUUGAAGGGUAAACAGAAAACAGGCAGUUCAGAGACAUUAGAUGACACAGUUUUCUCAUCAGAUGAUGAAACAAAGGAUGCAAUGGGUAAAGAAAGUGAAUAUGGAAAUCAUUGCAGAAGCACAACGCCUUUGGUGAUUGAAGCUAAUGAAAGUUCAAAAAGAAGCAAUUUUGGAAGGGAGGAGUCUGAUGAGGAAGAUCAUAGUGGUGAUGAAAGUGAUGGUGAUCUUCCAUUUGGACAAUUUUACAUGGGGAAUAAAGAUGCUGCUGAUAUGAUUGGUAUCAAAAAAUCUAAUGAUCAUGAUUUGGGCUGCUGCAGCAUCAUGGAUCCACUAGAGGUAGCUCUGCAAGUUGCCAUGGAAGUGGGGAGAGAGUUUGAGCACAGCUCUGUGAAAAAGACAGCCACAGUUCACCAUGAGGAGCCCACCAAUAGCAUCCCAACAUCAGAUUCUGAGAGUGAAAAACACUGUGAAACUAGUACUACUACUACAACCGAUUCCCCCUCAAACAAGGGGGAGGAGGCACAAAAGCUAAUAAUAUGUCCUCCUAUUUGCGAUAAUGAUGCUUCCCCCUCAACAUCAGAUUCUGAGAGUGAAAAACACUGUGAAACUAGUACUACUACUACAACCGAUUCCCCCUCAAACAAGGGGGAGGAGGCACAAAAGCUAAUAAUAUGUCCUCCUAUUUGCGAUAAUGAUGCUUCCCGGGCUGUUGGUGGGGGGCAUGUAAAUAUUUCAGCAGUCGAUAAAACACAAGACUUGGUGGAUUCUUCUCUGGUAACUAUUGGUGUGAAGGGUUCGUGUGAUUUUGAUUUAAAUCAAGAAGUGUUCACAGAAAAAGAUACAGCGGAGCAGCAACAUAGCAACUGCCGUCUUGAUAUUGAUCUAAAUAUGUGUGAUGAAGAUGCUGCUGUUGGAGGAGAAGCUAAGAGAUGUCUGGAUUUGAACACCAGAGAUGAAGAAGAUAAUAACAUGGCUGCUGCUGGGGAGGAGUCUUCUUCUGUGGAUGAAGCAGCGAGUGUUUCCAAAAUGCCUCCAAGGGGGGUUGAUGUUGAUCUUAACUGUGUAACCGAAGAAGCUCAUCCAACUGAUUGGAUGGGGAUGGAGAGACGACUGCUAUCUAAAUAUCCAAACAGUCCCCACCAAAGUCAAUCUCGUCCAUCUUCCUCAUCCUCAUUUCUUAACAUUGACCUAAACGACAAUCGGGGGUUUCUUCAUGAUUAUUCCUCAAAUCACUUGUCCAAUUUCACCAACCCUUCUCUACAUGCCGUGUCCAUCAUGGGAAUGAAAGUUGACUUGAACAAAAAAGAGUCUCUUGUACCAGGACUUCCAAUAAUGCCCUUGGGCCCUGUUCAUAAUAGUGCUGAGGGGAUGGAAUCCCUGUUUGCAUACCCUCGCCCGGCCACAGGUUAUAAAAAUAAUUACAACCGUAUAACAGCACCUGGACAUGCUUAUGGAUCGGUGGGACCUGUUCCCUGCAUGGUUGAUUUUAGAAAAGUCCCAGUUACACCUCGCAUGGUGGGACCCACUUCGUAUAUGACUCCUGUUUUCCCUCAACUGCAACCGUAUGGGCAACCGAUAAUGACACCACAAAGUGGUUUUGAUCUGAACGACAGUGGCUUGAUGAUUUCACCACCACCACCUCCUGAUGCCAGAGAAUUGAACCGGCAAUAUUUGGACCCUCUUCUUCAGCCCAUCUCACAACCAUCAACAAGUUUGACUGUUGGUGAGAAACGGAGAGAGCCUGAGGGUGGGUGGGAGCCCUACCCUUGUAACUUUUUCAAUCGCCAUUGAAAUAGAACUUUUUUGGUGGCUUUUUGGAUCGAUUGUAAGAGUAUAUUAAUCAUUUAUUUGACAGAGGCAAUCAGUUUUCUGAUCGUUAUAGCCAUAGAUGAUUAAUGAAGAAGAUAGGACAGCAGCCUUCGUAUACUGAUACAUGCAUACAGCUGUUGGAGGAAGUUAUAAAAGUUGUAACUUUCAUACUUAAAUAGGGGUUAUAGGGCAUUGAAUAAUGCGGAGUAAAAGUUAUUUCUGUUAAACAUUUUUUUCCUCCUGCCAAAUUGUGAGCUGUUACUAUCGAUUACAAUCAUUAUGUCUUUUAAACAGAUUGGCCAUUUCCUCUCAAAACAAUUUGGGUUCAUGUUUUCUUCUUA